CUGAAUGGAAGCAGCAAUCCCAGGCACACACACAGUCACGUUACUGGCUGCAUUCAGGAACAAGCAUGCUACCUUCCCAGCCAGCCAGCGCUGAGGCAUGAGCGGAUUGUGUAAUUGGAAGGUAUCCUUCAUGUCUGUGCCGGAUCCUGUGCCCUGCACUCUUCCUGAAUACACAACCAGAGCAGCAAUGCAGUGGAGGUUCCCAAUCCGUCCGGAGCUCCUACCAACCCCCGAGCACUGAAGUGGGAUAUCGUGUGCUGUGUGCUGGAUUGACAUUGCCCCCCCCUCUCUCUGCUCCCCCCCCUCCGCUGUGUGUAUGUUGUUGGAACUGGCAGGCCGUCUGGGCCCAGAAAAGACAGGUGCUGUCAUCUAUAUGGAGAAGAGCGGCUGCAGUCCCUUUCCGAUAUGCUGGGCUAAAGAAUAUGAUAGACACCUAGCAUCGAACAAGACUAUGGCUGCGGCUUACCUGGAUCCCAACUUGAAUCAUGCACCCAGCUCAAACGCCAAGUCCCGCCUGAGCACCGGCAUGGAACGCUCACCGGGUGCCAUCGAGCGAGUGCUGAAAGUCUUCCAUUACUUUGAAACAAACAGCGAGCCAGCGACAUGGGCCAGCAAUAUCCGGCACGGGGACGCCACAGACGUCAGGGGUAUAAUCCAGAAAAUAGUGGACAGUCACAAAGUGAAGUGCGUGGCCUCGUAUGGAAUCCGGUUGAGUCACCUGCGCUCCGAGGAGGUUCAUUGGCUGCACCCGGAUAUGGGCGUGUCUCAUGUGAGAGAGAAUUAUGAGCAGGCUCAUCCGCCUGAUGAGUGGAAGUAUGAGCUGAGGAUUCGGUAUUUACCCAAAGUAUUUGUCAACCAAUUUGCAGAGGAUAAGCCGACCUUAAAUUUCUUCUAUCAGCAGGUGAAAAAUGACUACAUGUCGGAGAUGUCAGACCAAGUGGACCAGGAAAUUGCUUUGAAGCUGGGCUGCCUGGAGAUUCGGCGAUCGUACGGGGAGAUGAGAGGGAAUGCUUUGGAGAAGAAAUCAAACUAUGAAGUGUUAGAGAAGGAUGUGGGUCUGAAGAGGUUCUUCCCCAAGAGUUUGCUGGAUUCUGUGAAGGCAAAAUCUCUUCGGAAGCUGAUUCAGCAGACAUUCCGCCAAUUUGCCAACCUGAACCGGGAAGAAAGCAUCCUGAAGUUCUUUGAAAUCCUCUCACCGGUUUACAGAUUUGAUAAGGAAUGCUUUAAGUGUGCUCUGGGAUCCAGUUGGAUCAUUUCGGUGGAGUUGGCAAUCGGCCCUGAAGAGGGGAUCAGUUACCUUACAGACAAAGGAUCUAAUCCGACGCAUCUUGCAGACUUCACUCAGGUGCAGACCAUCCAGUAUUCCAGUAGUGAAGAUAAAGACAGGAAAGGGAUCUUGCAGCUGAACAUUGCCGGAGCACCGGAGCCUCUCACUGUGACAGCCCCGUCCCUCACCAUCGCGGAAAACAUGGCGGACCUGAUAGAUGGAUACUGCCGGCUCGUCAGCGGGGCCUCGGAAUCUUUUAUCAUCAGGCCACAGAAAGAAGGUGAAAGAGCACUGCCCUCCAUACCAAAGCUGGCCAACAGCGAGAAGCACGUAAAAACGCACACCGUCUCCGUCUCAGAUUCCAUUCCAUCACUGCCCAAAUCUCACAAAAACAAGUGUUUCCUUCCAUUCAUCUUCUGCUCCAAUGACUCUCCAGCAAAGGAAGAGUUUAGCGGUGACGAGACUGAUGACUAUGCUGAGAUUAUAGAUGAAGAGGACACGUACACCAUGCCUUCCAAAAACUAUGGAUUAGAUGAAGCGGGAGACUACGAGAUCCAGCGGGACCGGAUUGAGCUUGGGCGAUGCAUCGGCGAGGGGCAGUUUGGAGAUGUACAUCAAGGAGUUUACAUGAGUCCGGAAAAUCCCGCUUUGUCGGUCGCCAUCAAAACCUGUAAAAACUGCACGUCGGACAGCGUGCGGGAGAAGUUCUUACAAGAGGCCUUAACGAUGCGUCAGUUUGACCACCCACAUAUUGUGAAGUUAAUCGGAGUGAUAACAGAAAACCCAGUGUGGAUAAUCAUGGAGCUGUGUACACUGGGAGAGUUGCGAUCGUUUUUACAAGUCCGAAAAUACAACUUGGACCUGGCGUCCCUAAUCCUCUACGCUUAUCAGCUCAGCACAGCGCUCGCCUACCUGGAGAGCAAAAGAUUUGUACAUAGAGAUAUCGCUGCUAGGAAUGUACUGGUCUCAUCUACCGACUGCGUCAAAUUAGGAGACUUCGGGCUUUCUCGGUAUAUGGAGGACAGUACUUAUUAUAAAGCUUCCAAAGGUAAAUUGCCUAUUAAGUGGAUGGCUCCCGAGUCCAUUAAUUUCCGACGCUUUACUUCUGCCAGCGAUGUGUGGAUGUUUGGUGUCUGUAUGUGGGAAAUCUUAAUGUAUGGAGUGAAGCCUUUCCAGGGAGUGAAAAAUAAUGAUGUGAUUGGUCGGAUAGAGAACGGCGAGCGCUUACCAAUGCCAACCAACUGCCCCCCUACACUCUACAGCCUUAUGACCAAGUGCUGGGCGUAUGACCCCAGCCGGAGACCGCGGUUUACCGAACUCAAAACACAACUGAGGAUUGGAGCAUAUCCUGUGCCUGUGGAUACGCACAAAUUGGGAGACAGUACAAUCCUAGAAGAGGAGAAGAUUCAGCAAGAGGAGCGGAUGAGAAUGGAGUCCAGGAGGCAGGUGACGGUGUCCUGGGACUCGGCGGGGUCAGAUGAGGCACCGCCAAAGCCCAGCAGACCAGGAUACCCCAGCCCAAGAUCCAGCGAAGGCUUCUUCCCCAGCCCGCAGCACAUGGUGCAACCCAACCACUACCAGGUGACUGGUUACACCGUCUCCCAUGGAAUCCCCUCUAUGCCCGGCAAUAUAUACCCUGGCCAAGCUGCUGUACUAGACCACCUGGACUCCUGGAACCAUCGGACCCAGGAAAUGUGGCAAGCCAAUAUGGAGGAUUCCGGUCCCAUGGACAUGAGAUGUUUAGGCCAAGUUCUUCCGACCCAUCUAAUGGAGGAGAGAUUAAUACGACAGCAGCAGGAGAUGGAGGAGGACCAGCGCUGGCUGGAGAAAGAGGAGAGAUUUCUGAAGCCCGAUGUCCGGCUCUCCCGGGGCAGCAUUGAGCAUGUGGAUGGCAGCAUACAGUGUCCGGCCGGGAACCAGCACAUUUAUCAGCCUGUUGGGAAACAAGAUCACUCUGCUCCACCAAAGAAGCCCCCCCGGCCGGGCGCCCCCAGCCACGUCGGUAACCUGGCCGGGCUGAACAGUCCCGCGGACAGCUACAACGAGGGUGUGAAGCCUUGGCGGAUACAGCCGCAAGAGAUUAGCCCUCCGCCCACAGCCAAUUUGGAUCGCACUAACGACAAAGUGUAUGAGAAUGUGACGGGCCUGGUGAAAGCUGUGAUAGAAAUGUCUAGUAAGAUCCAGCCUGCGCCCCCUGAGGAGUAUGUUCCUAUGGUAAAGGGGGUGGGGCUGGCAUUGCGCACCUUGCUGGCUACGGUUGAUGAGACCAUUCCUGUUCUUCCGGCGAGUACACACAGAGAGAUUGAAAUGGCACAGAAGCUGCUCAACUCUGACCUGGCAGAGCUCAUCAACAAAAUGAAGUUGGCCCAGCAGUACGUCAUGACCAGCCUCCAGCAGGAGUACAAAAAGCAGAUGCUAACCGCUGCGCACGCACUGGCCGUGGACGCCAAGAACUUGCUAGACGUCAUUGACCAGGCCCGGCUAAAAAUGAUCGCGCAGUCGCGGCCACACUAAGCGUCCGAGCACAGACUCCUGUUAACGCCUCUGUCUAACACGUUUUCCUUUUGGGAUCAUGUCUAGCCUUCCACCAGCAGCCUCGCUGUCAGCAGGCGGCCCACGCCUCCGGCGCAGGAAAAGCGCCGGUUGGCGCUGCGCGCAGUUUUCAACCUCUUUCCGUCACAGCUGUCAAGGGCUGAGGGUGUGCCGCUGCCGCGGGUCUCUGUAUGUGUCAGUCACCGGGAGGAACGUUGGCACGGGACAUUGCUGGAUCGAGAAUGACCAGAGUCCAGGUGCAGAUCAGCGGAGGAUAAGGCUCGGCGAUAUCCGUAAAAAAAAAAAAUCCGCAGCGUCCGUCAAUCCCGGCGGCUGCUGCAACUGGAAUAUCUUCCUGUUCUGAGUUUUCUUCUUUUUUUUAUUUUUAUUAUUUUUCAUUUCUGCUGUCCAGUAUGCUACGAAGAAGUUCUAUUUUCAAGACUUAAUCUAUUGAGAGACUCCAGACGGAUUGUUGCAGUUCAGUCCCUUUUUUUAUUUUUCACCCCUGUGGACGUGUGAAACCUUUGAUCGGACACUCAGUGUGAAUCCUGUAUGUCUUACAUUUCCUUUUUUUUUUUUUUAUCUUCCCCUCCACCAGAAUAAAGUGCCAGUUUUUUUUUCUCCCCCUUUUUAAGAGGUCGAUUUUUGGUUGCUUUUUUUUUUUUUUUUUUUUUAUGUAAACGCGCGCUGCUAACUCACAAAAACGUGCGUAUAAGACAGGCGUGGAUGGUCAGUAUCCCUCCGCCAUGAGGAUCUGCAACUCCCAGCAUGCCUAGAGGCUGACAGGUCAUGCUGGAACUUGUGGUUCCUCAAAAGGAUGGGGUUCUCCGUGCCUGGUAUAGAUAGAUCCAGAGCCAUUAAAUAUUCCCAUUUUUUUUUAUAAAUAUAUAUAUAUAUCUGUAAUUUAUAAAUAAAUCUUAAGGCUGUGCUAACAUUUUAAAUGCAGCUUUCUUGUGCACUGUCUUGCCUGUUCCAUCCCAUGUUUUUUGUUUUUCGUUUUCUUUUUUUUUUUUUUUUUUUGUCACAGCUUUACUUCCCUAAUAAAUUAUCAGACCACGUUCACGCUAUAAGACCUAUUCCCUCCUACGGGUUUGCCAGGGGAAUAGAAUUGAUUCUCAGGAAGAAUAUAAAGAACUUGUACAGAGCAUUUCAGCUAUUAAAGAAUUAGGCGGUUUGUAAAAAUCCAGAAUCGCUGGGAUAGACGACUUGUUUCCUCAAUGGUUUCAGCAAAAAGAGAUAAAGACUCGGCCCUCCGGAUCGGUGUGAACAGCGGAGCAUCUGGGAAAUCGAUAAGCUCUUGAAGAUCAUUCAGUUAUUAAAGGAUUUGAAUAUA